UUUUUUUCCUUCCAAAAACCCAAAAAAAAAAAAAAGAAACUUCUCUCUUCUGUUCUCAAUCUAUUCUUCUCUUCAUCAUAAUUCAUUCAUUCGUCCAUCUCUCUCUCUCUCUCAAUUUGCAAAUCUCAAAAAAGUCCCAAACUAAAGAGAUAAAGUUGGAGAGAGAAACGCUCACCCAACACAUACCACUGCAAUAAUUCUCUUCUUCUUUCCAAGUAUCCUCCCUUUCUUUCCUAUCUUUUAAUUGCCAGCUCUGCUUAGCUCCUUUCCUUCCCUCCUCCAAACUCAAAGACAGAGAUCUCUCUCUCAAGAGCUGUGAAGCUUUGUGCAAUUUCUGGACUGCUGAAGGUUGGAUUAUCAAGUUGAGCUGUACUCUUUUAAAACAGUGAUAAAGAGUUCUGAGAUAUGUCUAGCUCUGCAAAAGUUCUGGAUCCUGCAUUUCAAGGAGUGGGUCAGAAACCCGGGACUGAAAUCUGGCGUAUUGAGGAUUUUCAGCCAGUUCCGUUGCCAAAGUCUGACUAUGGAAAAUUCUACAUGGGUGAUUCUUACAUUGUCUUACAGACAACACCUAGCAAGGGAGGUUCAUAUCUGUAUGACAUACACUUCUGGAUGGGAAAAGAUACAAGUCAGGAUGAGGCGGGAACAGCUGCUAUCAAAACUGUUGAGCUAGAUGCAGUCUUAGGAGGGCGUGCUGUGCAGCACAGGGAACUUCAAGGCCAUGAAUCUGACAAAUUUUUGUCGUACUUUAAACCUUGCAUUAUACCAUUGGAGGGCGGUAUUGCUUCUGGGUUUAAAAAACCAGAAGAAGAAGAGUUUGAAACACGGUUGUAUGUCUGCAGAGGAAAGCGAGUUGUCAGAUUGAAGCAGGUUCCUUUUGCUCGGUCUUCACUGAAUCACGAUGAUGUAUUUAUCCUGGACACUCAGAAUAAGAUUUAUCAGUUCAAUGGUGCAAACUCUAAUAUUCAGGAAAGGGCAAAGGCAUUGGAAGUUAUUCAGUUUUUAAAGGAAAAGUAUCAUGAGGGAAAAUGUGACGUUGCAAUUGUUGAUGAUGGGAAGUUGGAUACAGAGUCCGACUCUGGUGAGUUCUGGGUUCUCUUUGGUGGUUUUGCUCCAAUAGGCAAGAAGGUUACCUGUGAAGAUGAUGUUAUUCCUGAGACUACUCCUGCUAAACUUUAUAGCAUAACUGAUGGUGAGGUGAAGAUCGUAGAAGGCGAACUAUCCAAAGGUCUCUUGGAAAACAACAAGUGCUAUAUACUAGACUGCGGUGCUGAGGUUUUUGUUUGGGUUGGACGGGUGACACAAGUAGAGGAUAGAAAAGCUGCCAGUCAAGUUGCUGAGGAAUUUGUUACUGGCCACAAUAGACCAAAAACAACACGCAUAACCCGUGUCAUCCAAGGGUAUGAGACCAAUUCAUUCAAGUCCAACUUUGAUUCUUGGCCUGCAGGGUCUGCAGCUCCUGGUGGUGAGGAGGGAAGAGGAAAAGUAGCCGCUCUGCUGAAGCAACAAGGGGUUGGUGUGAAGGGGAUGAGCAAAAGUGUUCCUGUAAAUGAGGAAGUUCCUCCUUUGCUUGAAGGGGGUGGAAAGAUGGAGGUGUGGUGCAUCAAUGGCAGUGCCAAGACACCGUUGCCAAAAGAGGAUAUUGGUAAAUUCUAUAGUGGAGACUGCUACAUUGUGCUUUAUACCUACCACUCAGGUGACAGGAAAGAAGAUUACUUUCUCUGCUGUUGGAUUGGAAAGGAUAGCAUUGAGGAGGACCAAAAGAUGGCUGCUCGGUUGGCUAACACAAUGUCUAACUCACUUAAGGGGAGGCCUGUUCAGGGUCGAGUUUUUGAAGGUAAAGAGCCACCCCAAUUCAUUGCGCUGUUUCAACCUAUGGUGGUCCUUAAGGGUGGUCUAAGCUCUGGUUACAAAAAGAGUAUGGCAGACAAAGGCUUGACAGAUGAAACCUACACAGCAGAUUGUGUUGCUCUCUUUCGGAUAUCAGGAACCUUUGUCCACAAUAAUAAAGCAUUGCAAGUUGAUGCGGUGGCAACAUCAUUGAACUCUACUGAGUGUUUCCUUCUGCAAUCUGGAUCUUCAAUUUUCACUUGGCAUGGAAAUCAAAGCACCUAUGAACAGCAGCAAUUAGCUGCUAAAGUUGCUGAAUUUUUAAAGCCUGGAGUUGCUCUUAAACAUGCUAAAGAAGGAACAGAGAGUUCUACCUUCUGGUUUGCACUUGGGGGGAAACAGAGUUAUACCAGCAAAAAGGCAUCUACCGAGACUGUCAGGGAUCCCCACUUGUUCAUGUUCUCUCUUAACAAAGGAAAGUUUGAGGUUGAGGAAGUUUACAACUUCUCUCAAGACGAUCUCUUGACUGAAGAUAUUUUGAUACUCGACACACAUGCUGAAGUGUUUGUUUGGGUUGGUCAAUCUGUAGACACCAAAGAAAAGCAAAAUGUUUUUGAAAUUGGGCAGAAAUACAUAGACAUGGCUGCAUCUCUAGAGGGUUUGUCUCCAAAUGUUCCACUUUACAAAGUUACCGAAGGAAAUGAACCCUGCUUCUUCACAACAUUCUUUUCAUGGGAUUCCACACGAGCUACUGUACAAGGAAAUUCAUUCCAGAAGAAGGUGGCAUUGCUCUUUGGGGCGAGCCAUGCUGUAGAGGAGAAGUCCAAUGGGAACCAAGGGGGUCCCACUCAAAGGGCUUCAGCUUUAGCUGCCUUGUCUUCUGCAUUCAAUCCAUCUUCUGCAAAAUCAACCCUUUCGGCCCAGGAUCGAUCUAAUGGAAACCAAGGAGGACCUACGCAAAGAGCUUCAGCUUUGGCUGCCUUAUCUUCUGCAUUUAAUUCACCAUCAGCAAGCAAACUUUCAGCAGCAAAGCCUUCUAGUGCCAGUCAGGGAUCACAAAGAGCAGCAGCUGUAGCUGCUCUUUCCUCGGUUCUUACUGCUGAAAAGAAGAAACAAUCACCUGAUGCAUCCCCUACAAAAUCCACUAGCAGCACUCCUGCAGUAACCAGCCCACCUCCUGAAGCAAAGAGUGAAGUGGACCCUUCUGAAGCAGAGGAUUCUCAAGAAGUUGCCGAAGCCAAGGAGACAGUUGUAGUAUCUGAAACCAAUGGGGACAAUUCAGAACCAAAACAAGAGCUGGAACAGGAUGAGAAUGGCAGUGGAAGCAGUCAAAGUACAUUCAGUUAUGACCAACUGAAGGCCAAAUCUGACAAUCCUGUAACUGGAAUUGACUUCAAGCGGAGAGAGGCAUAUUUAUCAGAUGAGGAGUUCCAGACAGUAUUUGGGAUGGCAAAGGAAGCAUUUUAUAAAUUGCCAAAGUGGAAGCAAGACAUGCAGAAGAAGAAAGUUGAUCUAUUCUAGAGCAUGAAUUCAUUCUAACCAGCAAUCCCUCAUAUAAAUUGGUCUUCACUUCUGCCUUGGUUUCAUCGGUAUAAGAUGCCUGGAUUGCCAUGUCUAGCUUUUUGUCAUUUGCCGUUUUGGUGAUGUAGUUGUGGUUAGUAUCGGGAUUGAUUGUGAUGUUGCAUAAAAGAGUGAUUUGUUAUUUUUUUUCCUUGUCC